UCUGCCUAGUUUCACACGCCAAACACAGACGUCAAUAUCUAGGUUUGGCAGAUCGCGCACUUCUCAGCUCAUCGACACUAGUCCGGCCGUGAAACAAAAAAGUGCCUCAGUAUGGUCCGUGUGUUGAUCCUACUGACCGCGGUACUGACCGUUCCUGGUGUGCUCACCAUGGAGCAUCUUCAGGUCAAGUCCACCUCGCCAGACCCCACCACAACACCUUGGACCACGACACCCAGGCCGACCACUACUCCAGCUGGCUGUAUGGGCCAGGACGGGCAAUUCCACCAGCCCGGCUCUAUUUACCACCCUACAGGAAACAAGUGCUACACUUGUCGUUGUGACUUCGGUAUGAUCAACUGGUUUGAUUGGUCCAGUACUAUCGGCGAGAACUGCUACUAUACCGACUGCGCAUGCCCGCCAUGUGUGGAUGACGUCAUUCCUCCCGACCAGUGCUGCCCAACUUGCCCUAACGGACACAACUGUAACGCGAUGGGGACGGUGAUCCCAGUCGGCAGGGAUGUCGAAGUGGACGGUUACAUCUGUCGCUGUCCGGACACCUCCGGAUUCCCGUUCGGGCGUCGCAAGCGGUCUUCCGUCGCUCGGAGGGGACUUCGGUACUUUUCGCCGGUCUUCGGCGACUGCACUCGAUUCUUGGAGGCAUCCUGCUAUCGUCCGACGACGGUUCCUCCUGCGUAUACCACAACGGUACCCACAACGAUUCCUCGAACAAGACCCACAACUGAACCUAUGACAACCAUACCGCAUGGCGUGUGCGUCACCGACAGUGGAGUAUACCAUCCAGGCCAAACUUGGCACCCUUAUGGAGAUCCGUGCCACACGUGCACAUGUGAGCAUAACUCAUGGCAGGGUACAGCUCAGGAGGCGUGUUACAUCGUCGACUGCGCAUGUCCGUCGUGCGUUGAUGACGUCAUCGACCCGGGUCAGUGUUGUCCCAGGUGUCCCAAUGGCAACAACUGUAACGCGAUGGGGACGGUGAUCCCAGCGGGUCAAGAUGUCGAGGUGAACGGUUACACCUGCCGCUGUCCCGACACCUCCGGAUACCCGUUCGGUCGUCGCAAGCGGUCCGUUCGGAGGGGACUUCGGUACUUUUCGCCGGUCUUCGGCGACUGUAACCAGUUCUUGGAAGCUACCUGCACCCGUCCGACAACGGUUCCUCCUCCCACAACGGUACCGACAACAGUGCCAACAACAGUGCCAACAACAGUGCCAACAAUGUGCAGAACUGACAACGGAGUCUACUUUCCAGGCCAGACUUGGAAUCCUUAUGGAGACCCGUGCCACACAUGUACGUGUGAGUUCAACUCGUGGCAGAGUACACCUGAGGAGAUGUGUUACAUCGUCGACUGCGCAUGUCCAUCGUGCGUUGAUGACGUCAUCGACCCGGGUCAGUGCUGUCCCAGAUGUCCGAAUGGAGAGAACUGCAACGCGAUGGGAACCGUGAUCCCGUUCGGCCGUGAGGUGGAGGUGAACGGGUACAUGUGCCGCUGUCCGGACCGCUCAGGCUUUCCGUUCGGCAGGCGCAAGCGGGAGGUUUCCGCUAGGAGGCGCCGCUAUGACUCUCCCAUCUUCGGCGACUGCGACCAGUUUCUGGAGGCAACCUGCGACCCCAUCACAACUAUCCCGACCCCUACAACUUCAGCAAGGCGUAACUGAUUAAUUUGGCCAAUAAAGGGAUAACACUUUCGAAAAA